AUGCCUGGAGAAGAAAAGAAAGACGAUAUCUCUAACACACCUCGUCCAACUUAUUAUGCUGAAGAUAUGUCAACAAGCUCCGUAUGCUAUGCCCCCGCUGAGUGGUAUUCCGCAGACUGGCAGAACGAUGGCCCCAAGACCGGAUGGUACUUCCUCUACGGCGCUCUUGCCAACGAAUCUAAACUUGCGGAGGUCAUCGGCUACGAAAACCACCCAGAUCUUCGACCUGCAAAGAUGUUAGGAUACAAGCUCAUGUUGUGCGGGGUGCAUCUUGUAUUAACCGACGGAUCCUCGACCGAAGAGGUACAAGGGAAGGCAGUCCUUGUUGAGUUGCCCUUGCAUGCUCGAAGACUACAGGGAUACAUGGCGAAAGUUUUGAAAGCAGAAUCGUGUCGGAUACAUUUGGAUGGUCCGGACGCAGAGGUGGUUGAUGGCUACGCAUUUUUCUGGGACGGCAUAAUGAGUGAGCUGAGGAAACUUCCCGCUGUUCAGGAGUAA